AGCUCAUUCUGUGGUGCAGAUCACAGUGCUCCAGCUCUCAGCCCUGCUGAAACAAGCUGACUCCAGCAAAAGGAAGCUGACCCUCACCCGCCUGGCAUCGGCGCCCGUCCCGUUCACUGUGCUGAGCCUGACUGGCAAUCCCUGCAAGGAGGAUUACCUGGCUGUGUGUGGGCUGAAGGAUUGCCAUGUGUUAACAUUCAGCAGCUCUGGAUCAGUCUCUGAUCAUUUGGUGCUUCAUCCCCAACUGGCCACUGGGAAUUUCAUCAUCAAAGCCGUGUGGCUGCCAGGAUCCCAAACAGAGCUGGCCAUUGUCACUGCAGACUUUGUGAAGAUUUAUGACCUCUCAGUAGACGCCUUGAGCCCAACUUUCUACUUCCUCCUGCCCAGUUCCAAAAUCAGGGAUGUCACGUUCCUGUUCAACGAGGAGGGGAAGAACAUCAUUGUGAUCAUGUCCUCUGCUGGCUACAUCUACACACAGCUCAUGGAGGAGGCCAGCAGUGCCCAGCACGGGCCCUUCUAUGUCACCAAUGUGCUGGAAGUCAACCACGAGGACCUGAAGGACAGCAAUGGCCAGGUGGCAGGAGGGGGGGUGUCAGUCUAUUACUCCCACGUGCUGCAGAUGUUGUUCUUCAGCUACUGCCAAGGCAAAUCCUUCGCAGCCACCAUCAGCCGGGCCAGCCUGGAGGUGCAGCGCCUCUUCCCAAUAAACAUCAAGAGUUCCAAUGGUGGCAGUAAGACUUCUCCAGCCCUGUGUCAGUGGUCUGAGGUGAUGAACCACCCUGGCCUGGUGUGCUGUGUCCAGCAGACCACGGGUGUCCCACUGGUGGUGAUGGUGAAGCCAGACACCUUCCUCAUCCAGGAGAUCAAGACCUUGCCAGCCAAAGCAAAGAUCCAGGACAUGGUGGCCAUCCGUCACACGGCCUGCAACGAGCAGCAGAGGACCACCAUGAUCCUGCUGUGUGAGGAUGGCAGCCUGAGGAUCUACAUGGCCAACGUGGAGAACACGUCCUACUGGCUGCAGCCCUCCCUGCAGCCCAGCAGCGUCAUCAGCAUCAUGAAACCCGUGCGCAAGCGCAAGGCGGCCGCCAUCACAACUCGCACAUCCAGCCAGGUGAACUUCCCCAUUGACUUCUUUGAGCACAACCAGCAGCUGACAGACGUGGAGUUCGGGGGCAAUGACCUGCUGCAGGUGUACAAUGCCCAGCAGAUCAAGCACCGCCUCAACUCCACGGGCAUGUACGUGGCCAACACCAAGCCCGGGGGUUUCACCAUCGAGGUGACCAACAACAACAGCACCAUGGUCAUGACGGGCAUGCGCAUCCAGAUCGGCACGCAGGCCAUCGAGCGAGCGCCCUCCUACCUGGAGAUCUUCGGGCGCACCAUGCAGCUCAACAUGACCCGCGCCCGCUGGUUCGACUUCCCCUUCACCCGCGAGGAGGCCCUGCAGGCUGACAAGAAGCUCACCAUCUUCAUUGGAGCUUCUGUGGAUCCUGCUGGAGUCACCAUGAUGGAUUCCAUCAAAAUCUAUGGCAAAACCAAGGAGCAGUUUGGCUGGCCUGACGAGCCCCCCGAGGAUUUCCCGUCCGCUUCCGUGAGCAACGUGUGUCCCCCAAACCUCAACCAGGGCAAUGGCACUGGGGACACCGAGUCAGCUGCCCCUGCUGCUGCCAGUGGGACUGUCCUGGAGAGUUCUGACACUGAGUCCCUAACCACCCUGGACCGGCUAGUUGUGAGUUCUUUAGAAGCGCUGGAAAGCUGCUUUGCUGUGGGACCAGUCAACGAGAAGGAGAAGAAUAAGAUUGCAGCUCAAGAACUGGCUACAGUGCUGCUGUCCAUGCCAGCCCCUUCCAGCGUGCAGCAGCAGACCAAGAGCCUGCUGGCCAGCCUGCACACCAGCCGUUCAGCCUACCACAACCACAAGGAUCAAGCACUGCUAAGCAAAGCCAUUCAGUAUUUGACUUCCUCAACCAAAGAAGGGAAGGACCUCGAUCCUGAGGUGUUCCAGAGGCUGGUCAUCACUGCUCGCUCCAUUGCUAUCAUGAGACCCAACAAUCUGGUGCACUACACAGAAUCAAAGCUGCCACAGCUGGAAACAGAGAGUGAAGAAGGGCAGGAGGCCCAGAAACACGUGGAAGGAGAGGGCUGCACCUUCAUUACCCAGCUGGUGAACCACUUCUGGAAGCUCCAUGCAUCAAAACCCAAGAAUGCCUUCCUUGCCCCUGCCUGCCUGCCAGGUCUCACUCAUGUUGAAGCCACAGUCAAUGCUUUGGUGGAUAUUAUCCAUGGCUACUGCACGUGUGAGCUGGACUGCAUCCAUACUGCUUCCAAGAUCUACAUGCAGAUGUUACUUUGCCCAGACCCAGCAGUGAGCUUUUCCUGCAAGCAAGCUUUGAUCAGGGUGCUGAGACCCCGGAACAAGCGGCGCCACGUGACCCUGCCCUCGUCCCCCCGCAGCAACACCCCCAUGGGAGAUAAGGAUGAUGAUGAUGAUGACGAUGCAGAAGACAAGCUGCAGAGCUCUGGGAUAGCAAAUGGAGAGCACAUCCGACAGGAGAGCCAGGAGCAGAGCGAGGUGGAUCACGGGGACUUCGAGAUGGUGUCUGAAUCCAUGGUUCUGGAGACUUCUGAGAACGUGAAUAAUGGGAAUCCUUCUCCUCUGGAGGCUCUCCUGGCUGGGGCAGAGGGAUUCCCUCCGAUGCUGGAUAUCCCUCCAGAUGCAGAUGAUGAGACAAUGGUGGAGUUGGCUAUUGCCCUGAGCCUGCAACAAGAUCAGCAAGGGAGCAGCAGCAGUGCCCUUGGGCUGCAGAGCUUGGGGCUGUCGGGCCAAGCUCCCAGCUCCUCCUCUCUGGAUGCUGGGACACUCUCGGACACAACAGCAUCAGCUCCAGCCUCUGACGACGAGGGCAGCACGGCGGCCACGGACGAAUGGUUUGGGUUGGAAGGGACCUUAAAGAUCAUCCUGUACUGA